AGCCAGCCAACCACGGCUCACUUGUUUCCUCACCGAGCAAGUCAGCUAUUGAGAAACCUUAAAGAUUCUCACGGAUCCUGGAGACAAGAGAAUACUCCCGUAUCUGUAUAUAUCAUCGUGCCCGUCUUCCACGCACCGGAUUCACGUCUUUUGCUUCAAGAGUAAAGACUUCGUUCGACGCAUCUCGGAAUCAUCGCUAGUAGACAUCGAAUCUACUCCACCACAACCAGACGACUCUGCCGAGCCUUGUUCUUUAAGACAAUACACCGAAUUCAUACAGUGCAAUGAGACCUUCAAAUAUCCUUGCCAUGCGGAGAACGCUCGCUCGCUGCGCGGACCUCCCGCCGCUGAAGUACAUGACGGAGGAAUUCUACCGCUCCACCUACCUCAACAAGCAAACCGGUCUCACCGGCAUCUUCGAGUUCCCCGAGCCCCGCCCGCGCCUUCUCCGUCUCUACGCCGAGACCAACGAGCUGCUGCAGCACUUCCCCGAGACGAGCGUGUACCGCCAGUCCGUCGAGGGCAUCAACAAGCACCGCUACGAGAUCGUCAAGACCACCGACUCGAUCGUCGAGAUUGAGCAGAAGCUCGGCGGCGGCCUGAUUGAGGAGAUCUUGAUCCAGGCCGGCGAGGAGUUCCAGCUCGCGCAAAAGAUGCUGGAGUGGAAGGUGUGGGAGCCGUUGGAGGAGGAGGCGCCUGAGGGAACUUGGGAUAAAUAAGUAAGAAGAGUGGGUUAGAUCGGAGUCCUGCUUCUUUGUUUUUAGUUUUUAUCGUGGUAAUUCUGGUGGUGUGCAUAACAGCUUCUUUCUUUAUUCUUCAUCAUGUCCUCUACAUUAUACAGUCUACAUCAAUCAACAUUUUCGUUCUCAGAUAAAC